UUUUGCCUGCGUAAUCCUCGUCGCUACGUAAAAUAUUCCGAACAUUUCACGCAAUUUGCACGAAACACGUCGGUACAUGUUUGGUUGUUAUGGUUGUGGCAAGAUUAAAAGUUCCGUGAUGGUCUUGCUUUGGAUCAAAUCGCAGGACACCUUUCUGUCUCGUGAAGUGAAGAAGUUCAUCCACACAGUAACCCCAGACCUGUCCCUGAUACCAAGUGGUGCUGAUUACAUCUGGAUUGAUCCUGACAAUGGGAUAGCAUGGGGAAAGUUGGAGGAUGUUUUUGGCACAUAAUUGGUCAAAAUAGCCAUCCCAUGUGGUCUUAGAAUGACUUGGAAAUUGGACAGCUGCACCUAUAGAACAUGGGACAUCAAAGAAGAAAAUGGAAGUAAGGCUUGGUUCUUUGAAGCUAUCAAGCAGUUGCCUCCCUUAUUCAGAGAAUGUUACUGUAUGCUCCAGAAUGUGUAUCCUGCGGCUUAUGAUACUUUACUAAAACCAUUUCUAGAAUGGACACAUCAGGAAAAGGAUAUACAGCUGACCAUAAAGCAAAUUUCAAAGGAAAGCAGUCCUGGAGAUCACUUGGUUGCUCUCCUCACCAUCACAGCUCUUGUGGAGAGAGCCUUAGGGAAUGUAAUGCUUCUCAAAUGUAAGCAAGUGCCAUUUCUUUUAAAAGAUCUUCUAGCUACUCCUGAACUGGACGAGUUGAUUGGAAAAGUAAAAGUCCAGUUGCUGAUAGUGAUGCUUGGCUCAGUACUAGGCCUCAAUCUUCGCAACAUUGCUUGGCAUGGAUUCUUGAGUCCCCAUGAAACAAGUCAAGCUUUUGUUGCAACAAUUAUCUUCAUUCUUGCUGACUGUGGAAGGAUCCUAAAAAACACAAAUAAAAUCAAGAAUAUCCCAUGCAGGCCACAUGUAACCUUUGAAGAGGCAUCAUACCUUAGCAGUGUAUUUGAUAAUAUGACCGUCCCCAAAAAAGCUGUUUUGGAAGAGGUGAUAAUGAAUUCCAGUUUUGUUCCAACUGUCAUGUAUCCUGCAUGGAAAAAGGCCUUAGAGCUUUUGGAAGAGGAGCAAUGGGGCUUGUGUGUAACUCUUCUUCUUCCCUUGAUGGAAUGUUCCAUGAGGGGAAUGUUUGCUCAUGUUAACAAAGUCUCAGAGAGAAUACUGACUGCAGAAAAUUCAACAUUAUACACCACCAUGGAUGAAAUACUUAAUGAAUAUAUGGAGAGUGGUACAUCUUCUCAGACAAUGGUUAAAAAGUUUUUUAGUUGUUCUGCUGGUGUUCACAAUUUGGAAAACAGAGAACUUGGUGAGGUAACCAAGUGCACAUUUUCAAAUAAUAGGGUAGAGCAUGCAGAUCAAGGAAAGGAGAACAGAGAAUUAGAUACUUUAGAGAAAAAGAAUCAAGUUCAGUUUACUAUAGGUACAAAACUAAAUGAAGCUCUACAUGACCUUCUGAAUUUUAUCCAAGGCCCACGCAUCAGGGACAGAGUGAGUCAUGGAGAGGCCAAGCUACAAGAAAUCCCAAGAUUUAUUACAUGCCACAUUAUAUAUCUUAGCCUUCUGGUGCUCUCUUCAGGAGGUUCAGAUAAUGAUGAAGCUCCCAGUGAUACUACUAAUAAAGUGAAAUGUAUAAACUUGAAUGGUGCAGGUGAGGAGUAUGUAUUGAAUGAUAAAUUAAGAGGAAAUAUCCAAGAAAAUACAAGUGAUACAAAAUGCCCAGAACAUUGUCCUCCUCCCUCUGAUGAAGCAUGUUCCCAGGAUAAAAAAUGUACCAAUGACAAUUAUCUCUCAGAUCAAGGCAAAGAACUGAUUGUUACACUGAAGAGAAAUAUAAGGCAUUACAAGUGCAUUUUCCAUCCAAGUGCCUUAUUGCACAGGAAGCUUAUUCAUGCUGUGUCAUAUAUCUCAAACUGGAUAUAUUGGGAUAAGGUAGAUUCUUUAGAACUUGAUUAUCCAGAGUGGGAAUCUUGGGAUAAGAUACAGUUACCUAGAGCAAUAACAUACCCUCCUUUACACAUUUCUCACAAUGUGUGCAACCUUCAUAGUAUGGAAGAUUUUCUUGUUUUAGUAAAAGACAUACAGUACAGAGUUUUGUAUAGACCCAAACAGGAGGUUGAAUUAAUAUCUAUUUUGCACAGAAUUACAGCAUGCAUUUUAGCAACUCUUGAAAAGACGUAUGAGAAUAUGACCUUAAAAUAUUCACAAUAUAUUAACAAAAGAUUAAGAUCCAGACAAAGAGAGACAUACCGGAGACAACUUAUUGCAGUUCCAGUAAUUGUUUCAUGUUGUUAUCUUACAAGUCAAGUGAUUUAUUUACUCUUCUUGGCUAUUAACAGGUCUGGAGACUUAAGUCAGUCUUCCUUUACCUGUCUUAUGAGAGUGCUAAAACCUGUACUGAAAGUCACUGAGAAUUUAGUGACUCAAACCAGCUUGAGUGUAAAUCGCUGGGAUGAAGCAUCAUCUUUAUCUGUUAAUAAUAUUGAUCAUAUAAGAAAGAAGUUUACUCAUACACAAGAGGGAAAGUAAUUGGCACUGCCUGUGUCAGUUCAGAAUUCCCAGAAAAAAACUUGCUGAUAAAUGAGACUGCAUUAUUCUUGAAAUGAAAAAAAGUUUUAUAAAUGCAAGUAGAAAUUAUUAAUCAUAUUUUUAUAGUAGUAAUUAUCUUUAAAGAUACAUUAUGAAGUAUAUAUAUCAAGUAAUUUGUUAGUCAUGAACAAAUAUGCAUAAUUAAUCCCUAUUAAGAGCAAUAAACAGCAAGAUGGGUUGGACGAUUUACCUUUUGGGUUAAAAAGACUUAAAUCUGGUUUGGAACAUCUAAAGAACUGGAAUGAGUAUUAUUGGCUGCUAAUUUAUGUUAAGUACCUGAAUAAAAGUAUAACCACCAGCUGCCAAUAGGCAUUCUGCUAUUGAUGUUUAACACACUUGAAAGUAAAAAUUUUCCAAUUUUAGUAAUACCUAUUCAAAUUAUCAAUAAUUACCCAAAAAGAAAAUCUGAAAAUAUAUAUGCACCCAAUGUGUAUUCUUAUCAUAAUAUAAAGGGGAAAUAUGAUAGGUGAUUACAAUUUCUAAAGCCAAUAAAAUGUGUUCCAGAUUGCAUCAUUAUGACUUUCUCAUAAUAUAAGCAUGCCCAAGGAAUGGUAAUAAUGCAUUUGUAGUUUGAAUUAUAUCUAAAAGAAGGAAACUAUUACUAUGGACACCUGAACUUACCUUCCUUUUGGUGAAUUUCUUAUUGCCCUUGCAGUCCCUCACUUCUUUGCUUCUCAUAUAUAAACAGACUAUGAUAUAGAAUUUGUUAUUGACAUUGUUCAAAAUAACCCUGUAAUAUCUUCUGGUAUCUUUUUCCUUGUCUCAGAUAUUUAAUAUGAUAAGAAAUGAGGACCUCAUUUCUUUGCCUUGUGUAUAGUCUAUUUUAAAACAAUGUUACUGUUUAAAAUAAGUCAGUUUAGUCCCAAAAGAACUGCUCAGAAGAUAUUUUUCCAGUUUGAAUCACCCAUCAAAGGUGACAAAUAAAAUAAAAGAAAAAAGAAACACUUAGCUUCAUAAUUUCCAAGUAAGGACUGUGUUAGAAUAUUACUUACCAUAAUCUGUGUAUGCCCAGGGUACAACAUUGGAUGUGCAAUUGCAAGUUUAUAUUUUCAAAUACACAAGAAAUAAAAUAAUCUAAUUUACACAUGUUUUUUUUUUUAAUUAAAACUGUGCCAGUGUCUCCUCUCACUACUUUUUUUCCUCAAAUCAAUAAAUUCCUCAUAGCAUCCCUAAAAUUUUAGGGACAGAUAUGCCAAGUCCAAUUUAAUUUUUUCUUAAUGUUUUUGUUUACACAUAGAUGGCUUUACAAGUGCUUAUCAAUAAAGUCAGUUGCCAAUUCUA